AUGACAAAAGCGUAUACCAUCGUUAUCAAAUUGGGCAGCUCGUCGCUCGUCGAUGAGAGCACGAAAGAGCCAAAGUUGUCCAUCAUGACAUUGAUUGUUGAGACGGUAACCAACCUUAAGCGUAUGGGCCACAAAGUGAUCAUCGUGUCCAGCGGCGGCAUAGCCGUCGGCUUGGACGCGCUCAAUAUCCCGCACAAGCCCAAGCAAUUGUCUGAAGUGCAGGCGAUUGCCGCCGUUGGGCAAGGUCGUCUCAUCGCACGCUGGAACAUGCUGUUCUCUCAGUAUGGUGAGGAAACAGCACAAAUCCUGCUCACGCGAAACGACAUACUGCGUUGGAACCAAUACAAUAACGCGCGCAACACUAUCAAUGAACUGUUGGCCAUGGGCGUCAUCCCCAUAGUCAACGAAAACGAUACGCUUUCCAUCAGUGAGAUAGAGUUCGGCGAUAAUGACACGCUUUCCGCCAUCACCGCUGCUCUCGUAGGUGCGGACUUCCUGUUCUUGCUUACAGACGUGGAUUGUCUCUACACGGACAAUCCACGUACUAAUCCGGAAGCUCGCCCCAUUGUUCUCGUUCCAGAGCUAUCCGAAGGUCUGCCCGGCGUAAACACUUCUAGCGGCUCCGGGUCUGAGAUUGGCACUGGCGGUAUGCGCACCAAGCUCAUAGCCGCCGACCUCGCCUCUAAUGCUGGGAUUGAAACUAUUGUAAUGAAAAGUGACCGACCAGAGUAUGUACCGGAGAUUGUUGACUACAUCCAACACCAUUUCCGUCCUCCCCGUCAUGGCGGAAACGGCACUCAGCAGCAGUUUCUCGAACUUCAGGAUGCUGAACUUGAGGAGCUGCGUCGUCACAAUGUUCCUAUGCACACAAAGUUUUUGGCCAAUGACAACAAGCACAAGCUUAAGAAUAGGGAGUUUUGGAUCCUUCACGGGCUAAUUACCAAGGGCGCGAUUAUCAUCGACGAGAACAGUUAUGACCGGCUUUUGUCAAAAGACAAGGCUAGUUUGACUCCGAAUGCUGUGAUUGAAGUCAGGGAGAACUUCCAUGAGCUCGAAUGUGUCGACCUCAAGAUCGGUAAGCGGUUACCCAACGGUGACUUGGAUAUCUCGAAGCCGGUUCAGUCCGUUGGGCGGGUCCGCUCCAACUAUACAAGUCUGGAGCUUGCAAAGAUCAAGGGCCUGCCCAGUGAAAGAAUUCACGAUGUUUUGGGUUACAGCGUCAGUGAAUACGUUGCCCACAGAGAAAACAUUGCCUUCCCUCCGCAGUUUUGA